AUGGGCACCAACCCAGCAUCCUACACUCCCAAACCAGAACAAAAUGAAUCCACCGGUUCUCCGGCGGACUACCGGCGACCGUCGAAGGGUCUCGUCGGUAUCUUCCUCUCCGGACUCUUUAUGUCUUCUUUUGUAUAUCUGAUCGUCAAUCAAGGGUCAGAACCCCAGUCAGAAGUCAAUGCCCAUCAGCAGAAGUCUUCGCCUUCAAAAUCGGUUUCACCCGUUACUUUGAAACCUCCAUCGAGAGGGGAAUCUGAGGGUGUAUCAGAAGAGACUUUCCGGGAGAUUAGCGGCGAAACUGAGGACUAUCCUUGGACCAAUUCUAUGUUGUCUUGGCAAAGAACAUCUUACCAUUUUCAACCUGUAAAGAACUGGAUGAAUGGUCCAUUGUUCCAUAUGGGGUGGUACCAUCUUUUUUACCAAUAUAACCCUGACUCUGCCGUUUGGAGCAACAUCACAUGGGGCCAUGCUGUAUCAAGGGAUCUAAUUCAUUGGCUCCACCUUCCCUUGGCGAUGGUUCGUGAUAGCUGGUUCGAUUUCAAUGGUGUAUGGACCGGGUCCGCCACAAUCCUUCCUCAUGGUCAGAUCAUCAUGUUGUACACUGGGUCCACCAAUGAUUUUGUGCAGGUGCAAAAUCUUGCGUACCCUUCCAACGUGUCCGAUCCUCUUCUCCUUGAUUGGGUCAAGUACCCUGGUAACCCGGUGAUGGCGCCUCCAUCGGGCAUUGCUGAUGAUGACUUUCGUGACCCGACCACAGCAUGGCUCGGCCUGGAUGGUAAGUGGCGGAUCACAGUCGGGUCAAAGGUUAAUAAGGAUGGAAUGGCGUUUGUUUACAAAACAACAGACUUCAUAAGCUACGAGCUGGCGGAUCAGAGUCUGUAUGCGAUUCCAGGCACGGGUAUGUGGGAGUGUGUCGACUUUUACCCGGUUUCUACUACUGAGCCAAACGGGUUGGACACAUCUUAA